AUGCUUUGGAGUACCACUGGUGCACAGCAUGCGAUUAACCAGGCCGCUCUCCCUGCAUUGGUUUUGGUUUUAAACCGGGCGGAAGGGCGAGAAGAAUGGACUUCUGAAGAUGGGCAAGACAUUCUUACCAAACACUUUUUCAAUACUGUAAAAGACCAAAUUAUUGGAAACAAGGAAUUAGAAGAAAUGGCCCAUAAGUACGGUAUCCCUAUCGAUGGUUCAAACUCUACGGACGAAAAUUUCAACCCCAUGAAAGAGCUUCUCCUUAAGAGUUAUAGUAGUGUGCAUGUUCACUUUAUCCCACAGAUGGGCCUCGGAAAACUCGGAACUACUGCUGUGGUAUUUCAUCAGAUGAAACGUCUGCAAACGCUCAUCAAAGUGCAAUCCCAGAGCGUUCAGAGAAUACGGGAAAAAUCACAGACGAAAUUUAACAACAAGCAGCUUAUAUCAAUAGCAAGCUACGCGUUUUCUCAUGUCAGCGAAAACGAUGAGGCGCCAUUCGAUUUUGGGUUAUGCCGCCAGUUUGCGUCAGCUACGACAAAUACACAAUCAAUCGAAACCUAUGUGGUUGAUUUUUUGAAAAUUUGCUUCGACCGAGCCAUUAAAAAAAACACUAGUAUUGACUGCAGCCAAGCCGUUGAAGAAAAGGAAAGUAUUGAUACGGUGUUCGAAGCUACGACCUCCUUUCUAGCAUCGGCUAUUGUGAAGCGGGCGCGGUCCUCUAAAAACCAAGUUGUCAUUGAGGUCCAUAUGUUUCAACAAGACAUGAAGGCCGUAUUCAAGACUGCUAUGCAUAAAUUUCUUGAGGAUUGGGUACUCUGCAGCUAUGUCGAUGAUAUGGGUUGGAAAUGUUCGAAUAGCAAGAGUGGGCACUCGAAAGGCCACCAGACCAAAUUAUCAAGAGACUGUUUUGCCGGUGGAGAUUUCGAAAGCGGACUCUUUGAUACCUAUAACGAGGAUCAACUUACGGAGUCAAUUGGGUCAAAAGUUUAUGAAUUAACUAGGAAAGCUGGGGGAGAGGCGGGCUCGGAUCCUCGACGCUGGCACGAAAUUGUGGAAGCAGAGCAUGUGGAAAAUGUGAAAAAGCUUCGGGAGCUCAAAGCCUACCCCCAAAAGUUAAGGUCGAUAGCACGAUUCAUUAGUCUGAAGUUCUGUUUUGGAUGUCUUUUUGGAAAAUCCGAAUACCGUCUUCCAUGCCAGCAUUUGAUUUGCACAAAUUGUUUGAAAGAAAACUCCACCCCUAAUUCUGGAGUAGAACCCGAGGCCAUGCUUAUCUUGGAAGAAUGUAUUUUCUGCGGCGACAAAGACGAAGAAAAGGGCUGGCCGUUCAUCGUUCAGAUACCAAUGAAGCUCACCAGCCCGCGAAUCUUGUCCCUCGAUGGGGCUGGUGUCGGUGCAAUAACACAGCUAGUCUUAUUAGUGCGACUAGAGAAGGUUAUUGGACUAGGAUUACCAAUCGGACGGUUUUUCGAUUUGAUCGUUGGGUCUUCUACUGGUGGCGUUGUCGCUAUCGGCAUUGGUUCUCGAGGAUUCAGUGCAACCGAAUGCCUGAAAAAAUUCAAAAUAAUCUGUGAGAAGGGCUUCGUCUCAAAUCUGGGUACAAAAACUCCUGGACUACAAUCAAUAACGAGGUGGUUUUACAAAUCAGUUUAUGAUAAGUAUAAGUAUAUAAAGGCUUUGGAGCAGCAGUAUGGGGGUGAUAAUUCGUUGGUUAUGUUCGGGUUACGAAACCACUGUCACGUGGCUGUGACAACUACAGUCGAACUGGAUAGCUACCUGAUCGCAAAUUACCAUAUUGGGGAUGGCAAAAAGUAUAUUGACUCAAUAGCCACUCCCUGGAAAGUGGCUCAGUGCACCUCAGCGGCACCAUUAUACUUUCCGCCAGUACCACAUGGGGAAGUAGAAUGCCGAGAUGGAGGACUCAUGGCUAAUAAUCCGAUCAAGUUAGCCAUCGAUGAAGCAGAACGUCUAUGGGAUGGAGCUCGCCCUGGUAUUGUGCUUUCAAUUGGUACAGGGCGGUCAGAUAGUCGGCAACCUGAGCCAAUUGGCUUGAACACCGUGGAUGAGAAACUACUAUCUCCCUUUAAAACAUGGUUAACAACCAUGAACGGCGAGCAGGGUUGGAGUGACUUUUGCGAUUCAAAAACGAAUGAUCCUGACCUGCUGGCAAGAUGCAACCGCUUGAAUGUUAAGCUAAAAAAUGAAGUUGAGCCGGCAUUCGAUAGUUUCCAGGAAAUGACAUCGAUGGAAUCAGCUGCGAAGGAAUACGAUGAUAGAUACAGGGUAAAUUUGGACACACCAUACACACCGAUAUUAGGAGCAUGUGAAGACUCUAUCUUGAAGGUACAAGCUGAAAUAUUAAGAGCAAGUCAGUUUUUCUUCCAAGUUAGCAAGAUAUCGUGGAUAAUUCAGGGCCCGCAGAGGAACCUUUUAAAGGUUACUGGAUAUCUAAAAUGCCGACUGGGGGCUAAGGAGAGGGGGCCCUUUCGGAGUCUCUUGAACUUGACAUCAUAUUUCGCGGUCAAUGGACAAAAAUAUUUUGAUAUGGACGCCGCAUCAAGGUCUCGAGAUCUUAAACUUUUCGAUCGAUAUCUGGAAUUUACACAUAUCACAACAUCCGGACCAAUCCGAAUAGAUGUGAAUUUCGGAGGGUCAUACUCAGUUGCAAUAAGUGGUUUCCCGCUGGAUGCUCUGAGAGAUCAUUGUGCAAAAAAUGGAAUCGAGGAAAAUGAGAUUGGAGAGGGGGGGUGGGAAGAGGCUACUUCUUCUAUGGCCGACGCUGAGGGAGAGGUGAAUCCGGAUACCAGUGGUUCCAAAGAUACCCUCGGGUAA